UCAGUCACGGAGGGGGCGGGGCCGGGGGUGUCCCGGCGUGUUCGUGGGCCGGUGCCGCCGGUCCCUCCGCUCCCCGAUGCCGCCGACCGUGGCCGUGGUGGGGGGCGGCAUCAGCGGCCUGGCCGCCUGCUACCACUUGGCCCGCGGCCCCAACCCGCCCAAGGUGUUGCUGCUGGAGGCCAGUGCCCGCCUGGGGGGGUGGCUGCAGAGCACCCGCACCCCCGACGGGGCCGUGUUCGAGCACGGGCCCCGGGGCAUCCGGCCCGGGGGGGCGGUGGGAGCCGACACGCUGCACAUGGUCUCUGAGCUCGGUCUGGAGGGUGACAUCCUGCCUGUCCCUGGGGACCACCCGGCCUCCCGGAACCGCUUCCUCUAUGUUGGCGGGGCCCUUCACAAGCUGCCCUCGGGACUGGGGGCGCUGCUGCGGCCGGUGCCGCCGUUCUCGCGGGCGCUGCUGUGGAGCGGGGUGCGGGACCUGCUGGCGCCGGCGGGGACGGCGCCCGACGAGACCGUUCACGCCUUCGCUCAGCGCCGCUUCGGCCGGGAGGUGGCCGAUGUGGCGGUGGACAGCCUGUGCCGGGGGGUGUUCGCCGGGGACUGCCGGGCGCUGAGCGUGCGCUCCUGCUUCCCCGCGCUCUUCAAGGCCGAGCGGCGCCGGCGAUCGGUGCUGCUGGGGCUGGCGCUGGGCUCCGGGAAGGAGCGCGGGGCCGAGUCGCGGCUGAGCCGGCGGGCGCGGGCCGAGCGCUGGAGCCAGUGGUCGCUGCGGGGGGGGAUUCAGAGCCUGCCCGAGGCGCUGGCCGCCUUCUUGCGCCCACGCGGCGUCGAGCUGCGCUGCCACGCACCCCUGCGCCGAUUGCGCCACCACGGCGGCCGCUGGCAGCUCACCCUGGAUGAUGGCACCGUGACAGCCGACCACGUCAUCAGCGCCAUCCCAGCCGCAGCUCUGGCUGAAGUGCUGCCGGCCGAGGCCGAGCCGCUGGCACGGGAGCUGCGCCACAUCCCGGCCGUGUCGGUGGCCGUGGUGAACCUGCAGUACGAGGGCGUCACGUUGCCCAUCACGGGCUUCGGGCACUUGGUCCCCUCCUCUGAGGAUACAUCCGUCCUCGGCAUCGUCUACGACUCGGUGGCCUUUCCCCAGCACGACGGCGCGGGGGCCACCUCGGUGCGGCUGACGGUGAUGCUGGGAGGCGCCUGGUUCGGGCAGAGCUUCGGGGACCCGGCGGCGGCGGCUCCGGCGCUGCUGCUGCGGCGGGCGCAGGAGGCCGUGCGGGAGCAGCUGGGGCUGGAGCCGAUGCCCACACGCUGCAUCGUGCGUGUGCACCAGGCCUGCAUCCCCCAGUACACACUGGGACACUGGCAGCGCACAGAGCGGAUCGGCCGGUUCCUGGCGGAGCAACAACUGCCCCUGAGCCUGGUCGGAGCCUCCUACGCCGGCGUCUCGGUCAACGACUGCAUCGCCAGCGCCAAAGCAGCCGUGGGGCGGCUGUUGGGGCAGCCACACUGAGCCCCCACGGCGCCCCCAGCACCAGGCGCCCCCGCGGCUGUAGGACAAAGUGUUUUUUUAAUUGAAAAACCCUUAUAAAGGUCCAGGGAGCAGCUCAUAAAUAGAAUAAAUAACCGUGUGCCGGCA